AUGUCAAUGAUACCCGGGCGCGUCCCGAACUUUAUGCCAGUGAGGUCCGCCCUCCAACAGGGGUUGCUUCGGCAAUCCCUCAGCUCUCAUCGAGCUCCAAGCUCCAUUGGCGCAAGCAGAUACUAUGCGACUGAGAGGAAUUUGGCCAAGGGUGGACCGCCACUUGCGUGCACUUGGCUCACGAAAACACCGGCAGAUAUUAGCCCAGAUGACAUCUUGUCUAGUCUACCUCCGAUGCCAGCUUCCUCAACUGCGUCAACCUCCGUGCCUCUCCUUCUUGCCACCCCAAGCUUUGCCCAUUGGCUCGAUAGUUGCAAUCCUUUUAUGGAACAAUGUUUGAACAAACUGUACGGUCAUUCUGUGGCGUCAAAUCCUCUCUACGCUGUUGCGGCCAUCGUCGAUAAACUCCCGGACACUCGUACAAUACCCGAAAACAAGCAGUCGAUUGUCUCCAAUGACUCAGAAUCAGAGGGGCUGUCCGUCUUAGUAGUGGGCAAAGAAAAUGUUCGCGGUAAAGCUGCCCCUCCCCGGCGCAUCAGGAGCUCCGGCGGCGAGGAAUCCGAUCUUGUGGUCUCGCUUCAGACCGGGACUGCCAACCCCAGCACCAAAAGAUCUGCCCAUGAAAUUGGAUUACGCCUCGCCAACACUAUCUUUGUGAAUGGCAGUGAAACUACUCUUUUUGGCAUGCGCUGGGCUUGGGAUGGUGCCAGGGAGAGAUUUGCUUGGCACGAGUCUGUUGAUCUCAUAAGCUGCGUUGUGGCACCCUCUUCCACAGUGGUAGAUGCCCAACUGAAACUACCGUUGCAUCCGGUGAGCGAGCGCAGGAGAGUCAUCACCAGCAUGGGAAACAUCCUGCGUCAAGUGGCUAAAUCAACCGACCCGACAUCGACUGAGCCAAUGCCCGCGUCAUCCGAGCUCGAGAAAGAGCUCCCACGAUAUAUUGAAGAAAAUGACAUCGUCGACCAAAGGCUGUCUGUAUGGGCACUUGUUGAGAAAGCCGACAAUGUUGUGGCAGACCAAGACAUCCCGACGCAAGCCCGUUUGACCCAGUCACUGCGCCAAGGUGGUAAAUUGCACCGCGUCAUGAGUGGCGGAGGCGGAUGGGGAAAGAAACAGGGUCUUCUUUCGCUGGACCCGGAAGUUAGCUUCCAGGGCGCAGCUCGUCGCGAUGAGUUGGUUGGUCUUGGUCAAGUCUUCGAGUCUGAUUCCAAUACCACACUUGAUGAAAUGCCGCCUUUCUUCGGCCAGGGGAUGGUCGUGGACGAUCUAUCCCUUUUGUCACAGGUCGCCACAGCAGGAGAUUUCAUUCAGUUCUUUGUGUCGGUCGAACCAACCAGUGUACCGAACGGCGUCUCAAAUAAUGUCAGCCAGGGCGAAGAAGCUAUUCUCUACAACUUUGGGGUUGUAUCUGACAUCGGUGCAGACGAAGCACCAAGCACCAAGGCGGAGAAAGAUUUCCAUGUCGUGUCAGGUUCUUUUGGGGCCUUGUCAGAGAAGGCGAUUGCGUACUCGCAGCCGGUGACGCAAGCUGAGUCCAGUACGAAGCUAGAUGUUCCUGGAUUCCGAGUGGUGCUGGGAUGUGUAUGA